UUUUGUAAACUUGAUAGUGAGGUGGGGGGGCAGCUGGUUCACAGAAACUUCUCCAGUUGUGUUUCAUGUUAAAUCAGUGACCCCGGCUCUGUGAGGGCAGUUAUCGGUCUAAGUAUCCGGGUGAGGGUCGUCGGGCACCGGGCUCCUCUGAUUCGUACAGCCGCUGUUAGCCUGCGGAUGCUAACUUCAGCUAGCCUGAAGCUACCGUCGCUCCGAAGUCGCCACACAGCAGCAGGACGAGCCGAGCUCCCUCAAGUCCUGCCGACUCCUGCUCAAUUUUACCCCCCACCGGCGGACCGCCAGCACAGGGAGUGAUGUGGAAAGUAACUUUACAGGCGCUGGGUGUUCUGCUGUCGGCCUGGUUCUUCGGGAACUUUGUUUUGGGUUGGUUUCAACAAAACAACGUCAAACCCCAAACGCAGCACAGCGAGCAUCCGAGCAGAGCCUCAGACAGCCAGGAUCAGAGCUGCUUCUGCCAUCUGACAGGAGUCCUGGACGACUGCUUCUGUGACGUGGAAAGCAUCGACGUCUUCAACAACUUCAAGAUUUACCCUCGAAUCAAGAAGCUGACGGAGAAAGACUACUUCAGAUACUACAGAGUGAACCUGAAGCGACCGUGUCCCUUCUGGCCCGACGACGGACAUUGUGCCAUCAAAGACUGCCAUGUGGAGCCCUGUCCAGAGAGUAAGAUCCCAGUGGGCAUCAAGUCUGGGAACUACAACAAGUAUUCCCAGGCAGCAAAUACGAUGUCGGACAUGACGGAGUGUGAACAGGCCAAAGAGCUGGGCGCCAUCAACAGCACCCUGAGUAACCAGAGUAAAGAGGCGUUCGCUGACUGGGCGAGACACGACGAUGCUCAGGACCACUUCUGUGAGCUGGAUGAUGAAACCUCUCCUGAUGCAGAGUACGUUGAUCUGCUGCUAAAUCCGGAGCGAUUCACUGGAUACAAGGGUCCCUCAGCCUGGAGAGUCUGGAACAGCAUCUACGAGGAAAACUGCUUCAAGCCCAGAUCAGUGUACCGACCUCUGAACCCUCUGGCUCCGAGCAGAGGAGACGACGACGGAGAGGGUUUCUACAAGUGGCUCGAAGGUUUGUGUUUGGAGAAGAGAGUUUUCUACCGACUCAUCUCAGGCCUCCACAGCAGCAUCAACAUCCACCUGUGUGCCCAGUACCUGCUCGACGAGGGCUGGGGCCGGUCGGUGUGGGGUCCAAAUGUUCAGGAGUUUCGGCGUCGCUUCGACACAGCGGAGACGAAGGGCGAGGGCACGCGGCGGCUGAAGAACCUCUACUUCCUGUACCUGAUCGAGCUGCGGGCGCUCUACAAGGUGGCUCCGUACUUUGAGCGAGCAUUUGUCAACCUGUACACGGGAAACACGCAGGAGGACGGAGCCACCAAGGACCUGCUGCUGCAGAUCUUCAACGAGAUCAAAGCUUUCCCCAUGCACUUUGAUGAGAAGUCCAUGUUCGCCGGACACAAAAUGGAAGCCAAAACAUUAAAGGAGGAAUUCCGCCUCCAUUUUAAAAACAUCUCCAGGAUCAUGGACUGUGUCGGCUGCAGUAAAUGUCGACUGUGGGGGAAACUACAGACUCAGGGUUUGGGUACAGCUCUGAAGGUCCUCUUCUCUGAGAAGGAGAUCCAGAAUCUUCCUGAACACAGCCCCUCUAAAGGUUUCCAGCUGACUCGCCAGGAGAUCGUGGCCUUACUGAACGGCUUCGGCAGGUUGUCCACCAGUAUACAUCAGCUCCACAGUUUCCGCCUGCUGUUAAAGGACAACAGGUAACAGAAGGUGACGUCUCACCUGGCCAGUAGACGGCACCAGCCUCCAGAGAACUGCAACAGUCUAAUCCUCGCCCAGAAGAAGGCCUUUUUCAUGGACAUCAGGAUCAGCAGUGAACCCAACAACACCUCACAAACACUCUCUCUUCUCCCAUUCAUCACCCUCUUCUCGCCCCUCUGUACCUCCUCCUCCUCCUCCUCCUCCUCCUCCUCCUCCUCCUCCAUCUGGUAGAUCAUGAAUGUUAACUCUUCUGCCUCCUCUUGCCUACGUCAGAAAAGUCUCCAGGUUCUGAAAACUUCACCUGAUGUCUUUUAUUCCUCUCUGCUGUAAAACUCGUCGACCACUCGACAAACCUGUUUGUUUUUUUUCUUCUUCUCUCAUAUUUGAAUUUUUUUUUUUUUGUCGAUGUUUUUUAGCGGUCGGUCGACGUGUAAAAUUGUCAGGUUGUUUGUGACGUCGGGACAAACCUGAAGGAAGUGAUCAGACAUUUGGGAGGAAGUGACGUAACAGACCAAACAGUGACCAGAUGGACUCAUGAUGCAGAUUAGAACUGUGUCCAACAGGAAAUGGCACCUUUAAUUUCUCCCUUUUCCUGACCCGCCCUCUGCUGACAUCAUAUCCUGUUGGAUUUUACACUAAGUCAGACCCGCGCAGCCCUUCUGUAAGGAUGUAGAUAUGCUUUGUCCUGAGGAAGGACUCAAGUGGGACAGUUUGUCCAGAUAAAAGAGCGUCUGAACUGUCAGGACGCAGCUGCCUGUUUCUGUUUGUUUGUUUGUUUGUUUGUUUGUUUGUUUCCUCUCCUCUGUCACUUUCUCCUGUUGUUGUUUUUAGAGAAGUUUGUUGCUCACAGCCUGAGGAUCUGGACCAAUCAGCUCGUGUUUACCAUCUCAGGCCGAAUUUAUGUCAGCACGCUAGAAGGUGUGUGUGUGUGUGUGUGUGUAGUUUCCACAAACCACAUGUUGGAAGUUUAGUCAGUGUUUCAGUCGGCUGUUUGUCGUUGACCUGCGUCACCUCAGACGACACAACGAUGUCAUUUUAUGUGGACGAGGCUGCGCUCUUCUUUAAAUAAAUUCAGUCCAGCUGGACACUUUUACUUUCCCACAGUAACAUUUCGGCGGGCACAUGAACACAGUGACUGACACAACAGCAAUAAAACUAGAGAUAUCACAAGAAUAACCCGAUGACGUUACGUCAUGAAAGACGAUCAGGAAAGAUUGGUCCUGGACCAAGGUGUAGUCCGUCAUGUCUGCCGGCCGAGUCACGGCAAGAUUUAAUGACUCAGCACUCUUAUCUGACAUAGUGACUGUCGGAAUGGAAAAAACUGUCGUGUAGUCUGAACCCGAUGUUUCCCGUCUGGACGAACAAACAGUAACCAGAGUUUUGAUAAAUUCACACCUUAGAAGACGUUUUUAAAAAAGUGCUUUACUUACCGAAAACUCCGCCUGCGUGUGCACGAGAGGCCGAAACAUCGAGGAAAAAAUGAGUUAAAAAGAUAUCUGUGUACGUGUAGACGCAAAAACAUCUGUGGAUAUUUCUGAAAAGAUAAAAUCAGACUCACAUUUAAAAGCUCAGUGAUAUUCGUGAUUGUCUCGUAAAAAAUGAAAGAAGCAGCGCAGGAAGUUGGAACACUUUGGUUGUGUGUAACUCUCAGUGUGUGUGUGUGUGUGUGUGUGUGUGUGUGUGUGUGUGUGGAUCAUCAACAGUUGCAGCUAUAAGAUAACGGACUACAACUUGAUUCCAUAGUAAACCUUGAUACAGUAGCGAAUUUUUGCUUUUUUGCGAUAACGAACUAAUAAAUGUGUUUGUGUGUUUGGAUGAAUGGAUCAUGUCUGUCUGUCUGUCUGUCUGUCUGUCUGUCUAGUUGCUGCCUGAGUAUUCUGCUAAAGUGCCGCCUAGUUUUCUCCGGCAUUUAUUUUUGCUGUGGCCGUGUUGUCUUAAAGCACAACUUUAAUGGAGGCCGAUUCUGUUAGAUUUAUUUAAAGAGGGAAAACUAGGAGUUAUUAAGUUCUCCUCAGAUGAAUUAUCGCUUUAGUAUUUUGUUUCAUGCUGUAAAUGUAGGUUGUAAUGGUGCAGAGAUGAGAUGAGAUUUUUUUAAUGGAGCGCGCUACCAGAUCAGCAGGAGGGAGGAGGCGACUUUAGGAGAGUCUCUGAGAAAAGCAACGUCCAUCAGCACGCUGCAAAAAAAACUCCUCACAGGUUCAGUCUGGUGUUAUUCUGUAUGUUUCUAACCUCAUGUACUGAAGACAUGAAACUCUGAAAACACAAAUCUAUAGUUUUAUCAGUAAUCUCUUCAAACAGCUGUUCACUGAAGUUUUUAUCAAACAGUGACUUUGUUGGGGACUACUACUAUGAUGAUGAUGAUGAUGAUGAUGAUGAUGAAGGAACGACGGAGGAAGAUCAAUCAGGCUGUAGAUACACUCACUGCAGCUGUGACCAGAUACAUUCACUGUUGGUUUGAGUCUGAGCGUGGGAUUUAUGGAAAAUCAAAGAAUAUCACCAGACUUGAACUUUAACGAGGCGUUUAACUUUUAGAGAGUGAACUCUUAAAACGACACAGGACGACAUCACGAAGAGAAAACGACAUGAAGAAGCAGCCGAUUGAAUAAAAUCAACACGCAACGUCAAACAAGCAAAGGAUGUCUUUUAGUGACUGUGCGCCAUGUUCGGGACAGACGGGAAAAGCUGCAGCCACCAAUGUAGAAUGUAUGGAAUCCCAUUUAAGUCAAUAUUAAAUAAAUAAAUAUGGCUAUCUCUUUUGUCAGUGUGGACAUGGUGUUUAAUUUACAGUAAAAGAGGCAAUAAAUAUGUGAAUUACUGUAAAUAUAAAUAUGUAAAUGAGUCAAUAAGAUUCAGUGGAUAAAAAGGUUUUUAUUAAAAAAAAAAAAAUCAGUAAAAAAAUUAACUGAACAAUUGAUUGAUUUAUGAAUUUAUAUUUAUACUAGUUUAUAUAUUUUUUAUUUACUACAUAAUUUAUUUAUUUCAGGAUGUAUUUCAUAGCCAUAUUUAUUAUUUUGUAGGUAUACUUAUUUAUUUAUUUAAUAUUGACUUAAAUGACAUCCAGUGUUAAACAAAAAACUCAUAACCCUUUUAUUGGCUCAGUAAAACACACAAAGUUUAAAUUUCUUAAAAUGUGAAUUUGUAUUUCGAGUAACAAGCUGAGGUUUUCUGCAUUUAGUUCAGUCGUUAAUAAAAAUAUUAUUUAUAUUCAGAAACAGUCUGAAUGUAGUGACGUUCAGAGGAGCUGUAUGUUUGGAUGUUUUCCUCAGCUGUGGUGAACGCAGCUUUAAAGUUGUAUAGACAACGAUGGCGUCUGGUCUGUGAGGAGAUUUAAAAAAAAGAGUCCAGUUUAAAUAUAGUUUGUUUUGCUCAGCUGUAGAAGAACAAAGUGGACCAAAGAAUUUUAAGUUGCCUACAUUUUUUUAAAUGUAUUUUUGUUUGUUUGUGACGCCCAGGAACUUUUACUUUAUCAAUGUUACGAUGAUAUGUUGAAGGGUUUUUGAGGUCACAGUUUAAAUGAAACUGAUGUUUGUGUUUAAAACCUGAAAUGGGAUUAAAAAAAAAUAUUAAAAUUUAACAAAAAAUGAAUAAAUAAAUAAAUUACAAUAUAAAGAGUACGUAAAAUGUAAAAUUCCAGCUUCUGCUUGGCCCGGUCCCACAGGCUUUUUUUGUUUGUUCUUUCUUUGUUUAUGGAUCUGGGGGUAAAAAUGUUAUUGAAAGUAAACGCCUGGAUGGAAGUGGUUUUUAUUCCUGUCAUAUAAUCCAAGAUUUUGUGAAAAUAAGUAAGCGUUUUGGGAUUACCUAAAAAAACAGGUCAAUUUAAAACACAACGAGUCAGAUAGAUUGUUUCUCAAAAUAUAGUAGACAUUCAGUUUGUUAUAAAAUGUAAAUGAUUACGGCUCCUUUUAGCUUCCAUACAUCAUCAGAAUUAAUUUCACUUAUUUUUCUUUGUUUCUGUGUGUGGAUGUGAAACAGAAAUGAUACGAUGCACAAAGUGUGUGUGUGUGUGCGUGCGUGCGUGUGUGCGUGCGUGUGUGCGUGUGUGCGUGCGUGCGUGCGUGUGCGCGCGUGUGCGCAUGCCUUCCUCUGAGCCUUGCAUGCCCUCCAGCAGCCGUACAGUCCGCUCGUCAGCCUUAAAACGAAAUUGUGAUUUUGGAAAAAGACACACACAAAAAGGAAAAAGCGAAGCUGCUUCAGAUCUCCACGCUCUCGUCAUGUUCGGAUCCAAACCUGUACAGUUUUUAAAAAGGCAGCACAGGCUGAAGUUUUCUUUCUUUUGCUUUAAGAUCUUUAUGAACAUAUAUAUAUAUAUAUAUAUAAAUAUAGUUGCACCAUGUUGAUGUGUGUACCUGUUGAGUAUAUUUAUUUGAACAGAGGAAUAAAUAUUUCUGGACAUCA